GCUUGAGUUAAGCUUCUUGCAACCAAUCAUCUUUGCCUGAAUCUACUGUUUAUCUACCUUACCUAUUAAGGUCGUUUGAGAUCAGAUCUACAGAUCUAUACAGAUCUUCUACUAGUACCUACUACCUAGAGGUACCUACCUGUAAAAUGACAGUCACCGCCCAUGCCGAUCACCAACCCGAUCGCCUCCUCCUGGUCAGCGUCCCCCGCACAGCCUCCAACCUCUUCGUCAAGAUCCUCGACAUCGACCACCAACCCAAUGUUCACACCAACCAAAAACAUGGCUACUUCUACUACCCGGCCUUCCUAGCCGCGACAAUGGACGGGCUCCCGGCCAGACCGAUCGACACCUGGCCGGAGGCCACAAAAACCGGCAUCGGCGCCGCCUUCCAGUCCUGCUUUGACACGCUCGAAGAAUGCGCCACCGCCGCCACGCAGCAGUCCAAGACGAUGUUCGCCAAAGAGCACGCCUUCUGGAUGCUCAACCCCGCCGCAUUCGACCAGACACUGCCGACCCCGAGCACAGUAGAACACCACGAUGCGUUCCGCCCGCGGAUUCCCGAGCGCUACGGCCCCACACAGACGUACUCGCCUGGCAACAACACCGUCAUGUCGGACGAGUACCUGCGCACCUGGCGACUGGCGUUCAUCAUCCGGCAUCCGGCGCUGGCGUGGCCGAGCUUCUACCGCGCGAUGUCCCAGCUCAGUGUCUUGGGGUACCUCGACACGGACGGGGUGCGGGGGGCGUCGCGGACGAACAUGACGCUGCGGUGGACGCGGGCGCUCUACGACUGGGCUGUUGUGCAGCGGCGGGAAGGCGGCGCAGGAAGCGCGGCGCCGGUUGUCAUCGACGCGCACGAGGUGAUCCACAGUCCAGCGGCUGUGGAGCGGUUCUGCGAGACGGCGGGGUUGGAUUCGGAGGCAGUGCAGUUUGAGUGGGCCGGGGAGAAAGGCGAGUCAAAACACGCGCAGGCGGCCGAGAAUGAGAUGCAGGUUGCUGCGGCGAAGGUGAUGCUAGGGACGUUGGAUCAGUCGUCGGGGAUUGUCAAGGGGAAGGCGCCUGCCACGGUGGAUGUUGCUGUCGAGGCGGAGAAGUGGAGGGAGGAGUUUGGGGAGGAGGUGGCUGGAUGGAUUGAGCAGGCUGUGUUGGAGUCGAUGCCGGAUUAUGAGUAUCUGCGGAAGAGAUGCAUUCGGUGAUUAUUCUGUGGGUAUAGGUCGCGUUGGGUGGUUUUUAACCCUCACCGGAAUUGGAUUGCAGCCAUCCGAUGCGACUCAUAGGGGGAAAUUAUAUGGGCCCCUGAUAAAUGGAUCCGAGAAUAAUUGGGUCGGAGUGAUUCUCUGUUAGGCAGAUUCUUAAACGGUUCGAGGGGCAAAGAUGACAUCAGAUAGGGCUGUGGGCUCCAGUUACAUCCACGACACGUCAACCAUGGAACGAUCUUCCAUCUUCAGGUCCAUCAGGGAUGCCUAGUGCUGUUUUAGU